CUUUCGAACAGCGAAUUUGAAGGGAGGCGCACUCGCCCCAUGCAUCGUCGCUACUUCUUCGUUAAUCUGGAUGUACGCCCAGAAAGAGUAUUAUCUCUCUGAGUUAUAAUUAUCAUGACAACGUCUUUUUUAUUCGAAUGGUUUCAUUGAGGUGGAUCCGCAUCUUCCACUGGCUCAAUUUAUAUUUUGCGCUUGAGACAACAAAAAUCUCCUGCCUGAUGUCUCUGCUCACUUGGUCAUCAGGGAUAUCGGUUCCCUUGGAAGUCGGUCAUGCGUAUGGGGGGGGCGUAAACCUGAUCAACGGCCUAAUAGUUCACGAACCACGGAGCCCGAAAUGUAAUGCCCUCCCCAUGUACGAUCAGAUGCGCAGGCAGGGCUGCCGAGGAAGGCUGGAAGAAUCUUUGCACUCUCAGAAGCUUUGGACGAAGCAGGCCGAACGGAUCAUAAACCGCGAACCCAACAACAAAUUGGUUCAAUUUGAACGGUUGAGGCAUCCGGGACCUCAUUUCUGGUCAACUACUUGCUACUUGCUCCAGAAAUUGGCCCCCCCCAUGCUUGUGUGCGGUUUGGAGGUCGAUAUACCCCUUCCCCUGAGCGUCUAACCCUAUCCCACGAUUGAACCUCCCCACGGAAAUGGCUUCCCAUGCUGCCAUGCUGCAGUAUGUCCGACGCCGUUCCUCAUGGAAAAAAAUUGUAUAUUGUGCUUGGGGGAACCAGAGCAACAAGCCGAUCGCCUUGCUUGACUUUCUCGCCCAGGAGUCGACAGCUGAACCGCGAUCGCGCGAGGCAUGAAGCAGAUUCGUAGGUAUAUAGAAUCAUCACUGGGCAUUAGUGUUUGCAAUCGAUCAGACACAAACAUUUGUCAUCUAUGCAUGGGGGUUACACAUAUUUAGCGUCUGGUUCUAUGUAUCGUCGGUUAUCCACUGCAUCGACGUUGCGGGAGCUGGCAAGAAGAUGCCCAACCACUAUCAAAGAAGGGGGUCCGGGGACAAAGCAGAAGGACUAUUCACGUACCAU